CCGUACCUAUUCCCGUUUUCAGUUUGUGAUUGUCGCCGAUCAUGUAUGGUAGUUCUGCGCGUUCGUGAAACAUGUGCUGUCCGUUUAACGUUGGCCGACCGUCGAUGUUGUUAUUAUUGUGCAUCCGUCUGUCUGAUUAUAAUGUCAAAUACGUUUACUGUUGAAAAAAAAUCGGAAACUAAAUCCAAUCCUCAGCAUUCGCCCACCGUCCGGGUACAAGCGGAAUUGUUCGAACCCACUGACAACAGAUAUCCUGUGUUCAAUUAUCAGAAAUUACUCAUCGAAGAGAAAAAACGUCGAAGAAGAGAUCAGCAUUCCAAUACCCUUGAAGAAAAUGACGAAUCUUUAAAACAAUUGGCAGACCAUUAUGAUCAAAAAUAUGGAAAUACUGGUGUUAAGAAAAAAAAAAAGAAAAAAACUGCCUUCUACAACUAUUCUGAACUUGCUGCUGGUUAUGAUGAAAAUGAUUCAUUCAUUGAUAAUACUGAAAUUUGUGAUGAAGUCAUGCCAAAAGAAGUUGAAACAAAACAUGGUGGUUAUUACGUAAAUUCUGGUUCUUUAGAAUUUAAGAAUGUUUAUUUGUGUGAAGAUUCUGAAGAAAUAAAAUCUAGUCAACCUCGCAAGCGUUUUGUAAACACUGUAUUAGAAGAUAGUGACGAAAAAUUGCCAAAUUUUGCUGUUUCAAAUAAUUCAGAAAAAAAUUCACUAACUGAAUCUAAGACUUCUGAAACUUCUGAUAAUUCAUCUUGUUCUGACGAAGAAAAAGAAUCUUUAAAACCUUUAUGUACACCAACACUUCCAGUAAAUGGCAAAGUCAAACGAAAACAGUCAGUUGAUCCUGAUAGUGCCAAUUCUAUUAUUCCAACUAAAAAAAAGAAGACUAGUACAGUUAAAUCAUUGAUACAAGAAAAAAAAGUUCUGAUACCAGAGUGCAAGCCAAGUUGUUCAAAAGAUACUGAACCCUUAUCUUCUGAUGAAGCACCUGUAACAGAAAAUAAUGUUAGUUCUAUUAAUGAUACAAUUGAAUCUGUGAUAUAUGCAGGUUGUUCAAAACCUCCUAAUGUAUCAUUGAGUUCAGAGAAUGAUAUUGUUAAAAGUACUCAGAUUGUAAUAAAUCCUCCAAUCAGUAUUGAUAAACCAGUAUCCAAUGGUGUUCAUAAUACAGCAGAAGAACUUCCUGAAAUAAUAGUGGAAAUUAUUGAAUCAAUUAAGACUGAAGCUCAAAUAGCAAUCCAAAAUAAUUUAAACAUUUUUUCAGAAGAAAUAAAUUUAGAUCUAUUAAGUCUUGAAUAUCAAAAGGAAUUAAUCACAUUUAAUGCACAACCUGUUUAUGCAACAUUAGCUGAGUAUAUGUUAUGUGACAAAGAAAAGCUUGUUAAACAAGUAAAUAAGUUGGUCAAUCUUGAGGAAGAAAAAAUUUCUGAACCGAUUGAAAGGUUAAAGAACGCAAUUGAAAAAAUAUUUCCGUCAGUUAUAGAACAAUAUGAUCUGGAAUGUAAUAAAAUUUUAGAUCAGAGGACUGUUAAUGGUACUUCUAAUGAUAGAUUUAAAUCAAAACCUGGGCCUAAACGACCACGUCGUAAAUUUCCUUGGAAUGACGAGUUUAGAACAUUAGUACGGGAAAUUAUUAAUAUCCGAAAAACGACCUAUUCCAAAAUCAGAAGAUCCCACUCAAUAGAUAUGUUUAUACAAGAAUUUUUAAAUAAUCAAAUCAAACCAUUAUGGCCAGUUGGAUGGAUGAAAUCUGCCAAUAUUGUAAAAGAACUUAAAGUAAAAGAAAAGGAUUCUAGACCUAAAUUAACAAAAAAACAACCAUUACAAAAUAGUCCAAUUAAAUUACUAAGUGCUAUUAAACUGGCUUCUGAACAUAAAGUAUCUAAUUCUGCCAUGAAAAAGUUGCAUAAGUGGAAUAAGCAUAAAUCUUCAAAAAUAUCCGAUCUUAAUACUAAAUCAACCACUAAAUCUACUAGUCAAACUCCAUCUCCAACACCGUCUACAACAUCUGCUUUAAAGCAAUUUUAUAGUCCUCCUCACACUGUGGCCAUCAGUACUAUAAGUAAUGAUACAUGUCCUUAUCAAGCUACCAUAACGACUACGGCAAUUAAUGGCAAUAAACAAAAAGAAUCUGAAAAUAACAGUGUUAUUGUAAAAACAGAAGCACCUAGUGGGGAUAUAUUAGAUUUAUCGCCAAAUAAAUCUAGUACAAUGCCAUUUGCUUAUAGCAAAUUAAAAGAUGUAACUGUUAUUUGCAAUAAUUCCUCACGAGAUAAUAACAGCCCUUCAAAAACGGAUUUGCAAAUUAGUCCAAAGCACAUGGUUCAUCAGCCAAUUUCGCGAAAGCAAAGAUUGCUUCAGGAAUUGAAUAAUAAACCUAUACCUGACCAGCAAAAGUUAUCAACUAAUAGUUUUACUGUUGAACGACAGAGCAUUAAACCAAAAGAUGACAAUUCUAUUUCAUCAUCAAAUAAAUUAGACUGUAUAAAAGUUGAUGAAAAGUCAACGGCUACGGAUAUGUUAAGUCAAAUCAUUAAUGAAUCUUUAAAGGACAAUACAUCACCAUUACCUACUCAAUUUACUACUAAUAAUUUCUAUAAAAUUAAAGAUGAGACUAAAUUGCCAACCUCAGUCAUAGCCAAACAAGAAAUCAAAAAUGAAUAUCCAGAUUGGCCACAUGGUGACCGAAACAUAGCAUCUAGAACUCCAUCAAGUCAUCGAGCUUCCAGUGAUGAACUUGCAGAGAUGGAAGCACAAGAAGUCAUUAGAGACUUGUUAGUGUUGAAUCAGUUAUCUUGUUCAUCACAAACCAAAAAAGAUAAUACGUAUAAAAAACAUUCAUCGAUCUAUUCCUCUCAUUCACGAGACACACUGGUUAGCUCACCUUUAGGAGUCAUCCAUCAUCCAGCUUAUAGGAAUUCCUAUAGUACAUCAAGCAGUACAACAAUGAGCAAAUCAACACAUGGGACAACAAUAGGCAUACCAAAAAUGAGUAUUGGUUUCCAAGAUGAGUUCCUUAAGCAUAUGGUGAAAACCAAAGAACCAAAUUCGCGGUCAACUUCAGAAAGUUUUCAAAAACAUGGUAUACCACAUUAUGGUUUAAUACAAACUAAUUCUCAAAUGUCUGAUCAACAAUUCUUUUCAACAUUGAAUACAAAAUCGAAUAAAGAUAAUAUGAGUCAUAAUUAAAUAACAUACAGCA